CCGGCCCCGGCGCCGGCGCAGCGGCAGCGGCAGCGGCAGCAGCGGCAGCGGUGCAGCCCCGCGCCAACAUGCAGCCGGUGUACUCGGAGGUGAAACCCAACCCGCUGCGGGACGCGAACCUCUGCUCGCGCGUGUUCUUCUGGUGGCUCAACCCCUUGUUUAAAAUCGGCCACAAGCGGAGGCUGGAGGAAGAUGACAUGUACUCGGUGCUUCCCGAGGAUCGCUCCAAACACCUCGGGGACCAGCUGCAAGGGUACUGGGACAAGGAGGUGUGGCGGGCCGAGAAGGAGGGCCGGAAGCCGUCUCUGACGAAGGCCAUCAUCAGGUGCUACUGGAAGUCCUAUCUCGUGCUGGGGCUCUUCACGCUCAUCGAGGAAGGCACCAAAGUGGUCCAGCCCCUAUUUCUGGGGAAAAUCAUUAAUUACUUUGAGAACUACGACCCCACGAACACGGCCGCGUUGCACGAAGCUUAUGCCUAUGCCACGGUGCUCACCACGUGCACGCUGCUCCUGGCCAUCCUGCACCACCUGUACUUCUAUAACGUCCAGUGCGCCGGCAUGAGGCUGCGCGUGGCCAUGUGCCACAUGAUCUACCGGAAGGCCCUCCGCCUCAGCAGCGCGGCCAUGAGCAAGACCACCACGGGGCAGAUCGUCAACCUGCUGUCCAACGACGUGAACAAGUUUGACCAGGUGACGAUAUUCUUGCACUUUCUGUGGGCAGGGCCGCUGCAGGCCAUCGCGGUGACCGCCCUGCUCUGGAUGGAAAUCGGGAUCUCCUGCCUGGCGGGCAUGGCCGUGCUCCUCAUCCUCCUGCCCCUGCAGAGCUGCAUCGGGAAGCUCUUCUCCUCCCUCCGGAGCAAGACGGCGGCGUUCACGGACGUCCGCAUCCGGACCAUGAACGAAGUGAUCACGGGCAUCAGGAUCAUCAAGAUGUACGCGUGGGAGAAGCCCUUCGCCGACCUCAUCACCGGCUACAGGAAGAAAGAGAUCUCCAAGGUCCUGCGCAGCUCCUACCUGCGGGGCAUGAACCUGGCGUCCUUCUUCGCGGCCAGCAAGAUCAUCGUGUACGUGACCUUCACCACGUACGUGCUCCUGGGCAACCCCAUCACGGCCAGCCGCGUGUUCGUGGCCGUGACCCUGUACGGUGCCGUGCGGCUCACCGUCACCCUCUUCUUCCCGUCGGCCAUCGAGAAGGUGUCGGAGACCGUCGUGAGCAUCCAGAGGAUCAAGAACUUUCUGCUGCUGGACGAGAUCACGCGGCCCCCGCCCCCGCUGGCCUCGGAGGGGAAAGUGCAGCUGUGCGUGCAGGACCUCACGGCCUUCUGGGACAAGGCCUCAGAGACGCCCACCCUGCACGGGCUGUCCUUCACCGUCAGGCCCGGGGAGCUCCUGGCCGUGGUCGGGCCCGUGGGCGCCGGGAAGUCGUCCCUGCUGAGCGCGGUGCUGGGCGAGCUGCCGCCCAGCCAGGGCCGGGUCAGCGUCCACGGCAGCGUGGCCUACGUGUCCCAGCAGCCCUGGGUGUUCUCGGGGACCGUGCGGAGCAACAUCCUGUUCGGGAAGAAGUACGAGAAGGAGCGCUACGAGCGCGUCAUCAAGGCCUGCGCGCUGCGGAAGGAUCUGCAGCUGUUGGAAGACGGCGACCUCACCCUGAUCGGGGACCGAGGCACCACGCUCAGUGGAGGCCAGAAGGCCCGGGUCAACCUCGCCAGAGCUGUCUACCAGGACGCUGACAUCUACCUGCUGGACGACCCGCUCAGCGCCGUGGAUGCGGAAGUCAGCCGGCACCUCUUCGAGCUGUGCAUCUGCCAGAGCCUGCACGAGAAGGUCACCAUCCUCAUCACCCACCAGCUCCAGUACCUCAAGGCUGCCAGUCAGAUCCUCAUCCUGAAGGACGGGGAGAUGGUACAGAAGGGGACCUACACCGAGUUCCAGAACUCUGGCAUCGACUUUGGUUCCCUCUUGAAGAAGGAGAAUGAGGAGGCGGAACAUUCACCACUGCCGGGGACGCCCCCGCUGAAGAAACGGACCUUCUCGGAGUCCUCGCUGUGGUCCCAGCAUUCUUCGCCCCCCUCGCUGAAGGACGGCGCCCCCGACGGUCAGGAGCCUGAGAACGUGCAGGCGCAGGUCCCCGAGGAGAGCCGGUCCGAGGGCCGGGUGGGCUUCAAGGCCUACAAGAACUACUUCACUGCCGGCGCCCACUGGUCAGUCAUCGUCAUCCUUCUCCUCGUGAACAUCGCCUCCCAGGUGGCCUACAUCCUGCAGGACUGGUGGCUUUCAUACUGGGCGAACGAGAGUGCUCUGAACGUCACGGCGCGUGAGCUGGGCGACGCCAGCAGGGAGCUGGAUCUCCAGUGGUACUUGGGCGUUUACUCAGGUCUCACCGUGGCCACCGUCAUCUUCGGCAUAGCACGGUCGCUCCUGGUCUUCUACGUCCUGGUGAACUCCUCCCAGACGUUGCACAACCGCAUGUUUGAGUCCAUCCUGAAGGCGCCCGUCUUGUUCUUCGACAGAAACCCGAUCGGAAGAAUUUUAAAUCGUUUCUCCAAAGACAUUGGGCAUAUGGACGACUUGCUGCCCUUGACCUUUCUAGAUUUCAUCCAGACGUUCCUACAAGUGGUCGGCGUGGUGGGGGUGGCCGUGGCCGUGAUCCCGUGGAUUGCUCUGCCCCUGGUCCCCCUGGCCGUCAUCUUCAUCGUGCUUCGGCGGUACUUCCUGCAAACCUCCAGGGAUGUCAAGCGUCUGGAGUCUACAACUCGGAGCCCCGUGUUCUCCCACCUCUCGACAUCUCUCCAGGGCCUCUGGGUCAUCCGCGCGCACAGAGCCGAGGAGAGGUUCCAGGAGCUCUUUGACGCUCACCAGGAUUUGCACUCAGAAGCGUGGUUCUUGUUUCUCACGACGUCGCGCUGGUUCGCCGUGCGUCUGGACGCCAUCUGCGCCGUCUUUGUCAUCGUGGUGGCCUUCGGGGCGCUCCUGCUGGCCCAAACCUUGGACGCGGGGCAGGUGGGCCUGGCGCUGUCCUACGCCCUGACGCUCAUGGGGAUGUUCCAGUGGUGCGUCCGGCAGAGCGCCGAGGUGGAGAAUAUGAUGAUUUCCGUGGAGCGGGUGAUGGAGUACACAGACCUGGAGAAGGAGGCGCCGUGGGAAAGCCAGAAGCGCCCCCCGCCCGGCUGGCCCCAGGAGGGGGUCAUCGUCUUCGACAACGUCAACUUCACCUACAGCCUGGACGGGCCCGUGGUGCUGAAACACCUCACCGCCCUCAUCAAGUCCCGGGAGAAGGUCGGCAUCGUGGGGAGAACAGGCGCUGGGAAAAGCUCCCUCAUCUCAGCCCUUUUCAGACUGUCCGAACCCGACGGGAAAAUUUGGAUCGAUAAGAUCUUGACCACGGAAAUCGGACUCCACGACUUGCGGAAGAACAUGUCCAUCAUCCCACAGGAACCUGUUUUAUUCACUGGGACAAUGAGGAAAAACCUGGACCCCUUCAAUGAGCAUGCAGAUGAGGAACUAUGGAAUGCCUUAAGUGAGGUACAACUCAAAGAAGCCAUCGAAGAUCUUCCUGGUAAAAUGGACACUGAGCUAGCAGAAUCGGGAUCAAACUUUAGUGUGGGACAGAGACAGUUGGUGUGUCUGGCCAGAGCUAUUCUCAGGAAAAACCGAAUAUUGAUUAUUGACGAAGCAACGGCAAAUGUGGAUCCAAGAACCGAUGAGUUAAUCCAGCAGAAAAUCCGCGAGAAAUUCGCCCAGUGCACCGUGCUGACGAUCGCCCACAGGCUCAACACCAUCAUCGACAGCGACAAGAUAAUGGUUUUGGACGCAGGCAGGCUGAAGGAAUAUGAUGAGCCAUAUAUUUUGCUGCAGAAUAAAGAGAGCCUAUUUUCCAAGAUGGUGCAACAACUGGGCAAGGCCGAGGCUGCUGCCCUCAUGGAAACAGCAAAACAGGUCUAUUUCAGAAAGAAUUAUCCGGAUAUCACGCACAACGGGCACAUGCUUAUAAACGCUUCCAACGGACAGCCCUCGGCCUUAACUAUUUUUGAGACUGCUCUGUGACCCUUCUGGGAUAUCAGCUCUGCUCCAAAGGCAUUUCUCCAAUCAGUUUUUUUGCACUAUGUCAACUGUGGUGUUUUUGUUUUGUUUUUUAAGUCUAGUGACCAAUGCACCUACACGUACGAGAUUGUAGUUUAUUGGGAUAUAUUUUUUUUUCCCCUCCAACUUUUACCCAUUCAUUUUACACUCUUCACAAAAUGAUUUAUUAUUUUUAUUUAACUGGUCGAGGU